AUGGCCGAUAUCAAGAAAACUGCCAAUAAAGUCCGUGCCAAGCUAAAGGUUAUAGAACAAAAUAUAGAACAAGAAGAACAAAAUAAUAAAUCGUCGGCGGAUCUGAGGAUACGAAAAACUCAACAUUCGACGUUAUCCAGAAAAUUUGUAGAAGUUAUGACUGAAUAUAAUCGAACCCAGACAGACUACAGAGAAAGAUGUAAAGGGAGGAUACAGAGGCAGUUAGAAAUCACUGGUAGGCAAACAACCAAUGAAGAAUUAGAAGAGAUGUUAGAACAAGGAAAUCCAGCAGUGUUCACCCAAGGUAUUAUAAUGGAAACGCAACAAGCAAAACAGACAUUAGCCGAUAUCGAAGCCAGACACGCCGAUAUCAUCAAGUUAGAAAAUUCAAUUAGAGAAUUGCACGACAUGUUCAUGGACAUGGCGAUGUUGGUAGAGAAUCAGGUAUUUUAA